CUGCAGUGAAGAUGAAGCCCUUCAUGCCUCUGGCCAGCCUGCGCUGUUCUCCUGACGUGCAUCUGUUCCUGUGCCAGGCGUUUGUUCCUGAGUGCACGGAUCACACGCGUGUCCUGCGGCCCUGCAGAGAGCUGUGUGAGCGUGUUCUGUCCGACUGCAGCAGAGACAUGCUCACCUUCGGCAUCAGCUGGCCGUCCGAGCUGCAGUGUGACCGAUUGGAGUCAUGUCACGGUUCUGCGGUUUCAGUCGUGGAGGUGACCACAUCCAGAAGCUCUCAGUCCGGUCGGGAUCUGGGGUUCUGGUGUCCCCUUCAGCUGAAGACUCGACCCGGUCAGCGUGGAUCUUUCCUCGGGGCUCAAGACUGUGCUCCGCCGUGCCACAACAUGUACCUUAAACCACACGAAGUUCAGUUCGCCAAGACCUUCAUCGGCGUGUGUUCCAUUGUGUGCUUAUGUGCGACUCUGUUCACAUUUUUAACCUUCCUCAUUGAUGUGAAGCGCUUUCGCUACCCUGAGCGGCCGAUCAUCUUCUACUCUGUCUGCUACAGUUUUGUCUCCCUCGUCUAUUUUGUUGGUUUUCUGCUGGGUAACGAGGCGGCCUGUAACGAGCCGAGUCUGCCGGGCCGCGUGUCCACGGUUGUGCUGGGAGCCCAGAGUCGCGUCUGCUCGCUGCUCUUCAUGCUGCUGUAUUUCUUCUCCACUGCGGGAAUGGUGUGGUGGGUGGUUCUGACCAUCACCUGGUUUCUGGCCGCAGGGCCGAAGUGGAGCUGUGAAGCGAUAGAGAAGGCGGCGGUGUGGUUCCACACGGUGUCCUGGGGUCUCCCCGGAGCGCUCACCGUCGUGCUGCUGGCGAUGGAGAAGGUGGAGGGAGACGGCAUCAGCGGCGUGUGUUUCGUGGGGCUCUACGAUCUCACGGUGCUGCGCUGGUUUGUGGUGGCUCCGCUGGCGAUCGCGGUGCUGGCUGGCCUCUCGCUGCUGCUCGCUGGCAUCAUGUCUCUGAACCGCGUGCGUCAGGUGAUCCAGCAUGACGAACAGAACCAGGAGAAGCUGAAGAAGUUCAUGAUCCGCAUCGGAGUGUUCAGCGGCCUGUACCUGCUGCCUCUGCUGGUGCUGCUCGGCUGCUAUCUGUACGAACAAGCCCACCGCAGCCGCUGGGAGAACAGCUGGAUCCGCCGGCACUGCCAGGAAUACAGCAUUCCCUGCUCCCGCCGCAGUAUUGAUGUGGAGCGGCCUGAGCUCUCGCUGUUUCUCAUUAAAUAUCUGAUGACGCUGAUCGUGGGAAUAUCAGCCGUGUUCUGGGUCAGCAGUAAGAAAACCUGCUCGGAGUGGGCUUCAUUCUUCAAGAGAAAUCGCAAGAAAGAUCCCAUCAGCGAGAGUCGGCGUGUUCUGCAGGAGUCCUGUGAGUUCUUCCUCAAGCACAACAGCCGUGUGCAGCACAAGUCCAAGCACUACAAGUCCUCCUCACACAAGCUGAAGGUCGUGUCCAAGUCUAUGGGCACCAGCACAGGCAUGCACACACCUGUCACCAGUAACCACGGCAACACACCUGUCUCCACGGCAACCCGCAACCACUACAUUCCAAGCCAGAGCAUCUCUGAUCCGCAUGGUUCCUCAGAGACGUCCGUUCAGGAGCGCAUCGGAUCAACAGCACCAGCUGAGAGACGCAGUAAAGCCGACAGCAGCAGCCACACUCAAAGCUCACACAGGUUGAGACCCAAAGAUGAUUUGCUGGAGGCUGACCAGAGCUCUGCCCACUGCACCAACACCCAGUGAAAUCACAGGAUCGGCUCUGCAUAUGAAUGGAGCUUAAGGAGAGAGACUUCUGGCUCCGUCCUCCUCUUUCUCUGUACAUUUCAAUUAUUGAUGUCCAUAUCACUGGAAGCUUUGUUUUCAUUCCUGUACACUACUGUAAAAUCAUCA